UGGAGAGAGAGAGGGGAGCGUGGAGACGCAGGGAGAGGAGAGGCAAAGCGAUGAGACGGAGUGGAGAGGGAGAGAGAGAGAGAGGGCGCUGCUGGCGCGGGGUGCGUCAACCGUGGCUGGAGACAGAGCGAGAGGGAGAAAACGAGGAGUGCCGCCACUCAUCAUCAUCACCAUCAUCACCCUCCUCUUGUGCCCCUCGUCAUCUCCCACAUCAUCAUCAGCUGCUGCUGCUGCUUCGUCGUCGUCGUUAGCUCCCCGCUCCUCCCAUCGCACGUCCCCACCCACCAGCGCGGAUAUGAGCAAGCGAUUGGUGUCCGUGGAUUAUGAAGUAUUCGGACGGGUUCAAGGCGUGUGCUUCAGAUCGUACACGGAGGAGCAGGCGAGGAAGCUUGGCCUGGUGGGGUGGGUGAAGAACACCCCGGCCGGCACCGUGGUGGGACAGGUGCAGGGCCCCGACGACAAGCUGCAGGCCAUGAAGCGCUGGCUCAGCAACGUGGGCAGCCCCAGCUGUCACAUCAAGCGCGCCGACUUCAGCAACGAGAGGGAACUCACAGCGCAGGACUUCAAGACCUUCACCACGCGCUACUAGACGUCAGCCAGCGAGGAGGGGGGCGUUUGGCGAGGCCGAUGGAAGAGACGUCUGCAAAGGGGAAGCUGGAGGUCAUAAAGAUGGCCAGUUCGGCAAGGCAUGAAAGGCCACACGUGGUGUAAACUAAAUCGAGGUGCGCAGGGGUGUUGGUGCAGACAUUUUUCGCGGAAAAUAAUGACUUAUCGAAAUUCUCACGCGGGAAAUUCAGUUCAGCCACCCAAGUAGCGAAAUUAUUAGGAACGCGGGGUAUGGAGAGGAUUUAAAAACUUGCACCGUUUCAACUGUCCAGUCAAGAUGUGGAACGGCAAACGUUUGAUUGCAAGUUCAAUGUGCCAAUCAUUACCACCACAGCGGUAUUGUCUUUAAGAUUGUCCCCGGUAGAAAUAAGACAUCGCACUCACUCUCUUACGUACGUUGUGUUACAAUCCAUCAACAGGGGUCGUAGUGCUACAAUGCCCAUGUACCAGUGGUCCUCCAGCCAGGCGGUUGCCUUCGUAAGCAGCCGUUUGGAGCACUCCUUCUGAUAUUAGGAAGCCACUGGAGCUAUGCACUUUAAAACAUAGAUUGAAAACACACUUCUUUUCAACUUGUGUAUCGUUUGUCCUUCCCACCGCACCUCCGAUUAGCACGGUUGGGUAUGCGCGGUGCGUCCCCCUAUGCAACGGUUGGAUGUGCGGCAGAAUAGCAAAUGGUUUUGCUUUCUUUCAGUCUCAAUUUAAAAACGGCAUUGCCCAUGUGAUGGAAGUGUAUGCAUGCUUACGUUUGGUAAAAACAAAUGUGAAGAGAUCGAAUUCCAAUUUUAACCCCAGGUCUACCUUGUAUAAUAAAGAGACAGCGUCGUCUCAAAAGGGCUCUCGCCUGGUUAAAUGGUUCGAGUGAAUGAUAAUUAUUAAGUGCAACUGCAUUCGAUGCAGGCAGCUGAGAUGCUUAAUUAUUUAUCUCUUUGCGACAGAAACGAUGCCAAGCUUGCUUGUUAAUAAAAGUGGCUUACACAACCGUG